AUGCCCCUUCCCAAAUACACCUACAAUGGCCCAAUCGACCACACAGUGGUGCCGGACCUAGCCAAUGCCAAAGGCAAAUCGGUCAUCAUUACCGGAGGCGCAAAUGGAAUGGGCGAGACCAUGGUGCGCGCCUUCGUUGAGGCCGGCGCAUUUGUCACUUUUGGCGACCUUCACCCUCGAGGAGACGAUCUCGCUAAGGAAUUGAAUACGAAUGGUGAAACCGCCGCAUUUGUUAAGUGUGACAUUACAAACUGGGAUGCUUUGAUUACACUAUUCGAGACGGCCAAGGCCAAGAGUCCUCAUAAUAGCGUUGAUGUUGUCAUUGCAAAUGCCGGAAUAUCCCGCUCUUCCGGGGACAGUCUGUGGAAUCUCGAUGACCCCAAUGGACCUCCCACCAAGCCAAAUCUCAAUAUCGUCCGUGUGAACAUGGACGGGACAUUCUAUACCUGGAAACUUGCAGUUCAUUAUUUCCGGAAGCAAGAAGACACCCCGGACCGUGACCGAUGCUUCAUCAUGACUGGAAGCAUGGUCGCAUACAUUGAUUCACCAGGAAAUUGGGAAUACACAGCGACUAAGUACGGCCUACGCGGCUUCAUGAAGACCGUGCGUCGAAGCAGUUGGGAACAAGGAAUCCGAAUCAACUAUGUCGCGCCAUGCUGGAUCAAGAGCGCUAUCCGAACCAAGGAAUACGAAGCUUGGUUGAUUGAACGUGGUGUUGAGUUCGGCGAACAGGCUGAUUGUGCCGGCGCGAUGAUGAGGAUCGCAUGCGAUAAGUCUAUCAAUGGACGCUCUCUCAUGAUUACUCCAAGGAGUAUAGCCAAGGAGGGAUUCAUGGAUGUAGACAAGGAAGACUACUCCGACCCCAAGGAUGAAUACUUUGCGAAGAAGCAAGCGUCGCAGUUGGUCAUUAUUGAGGAUAAAUGGCUCGAUGAUUAUAAAAGACAGGGCCAAAACCGGCCUGUCCACGCUGGUCUGGGAAGAGGUCCCCGUUCCCGCAACUCCCAGCGGAGGAUUCUUAGUAAAGAUGCUAGCUUCUGGGGUGACCAUUCACUUCUCACAAGUGAAAAGCAGCGUCCCUGGUUUCAAGAGAAAUACACUCUGGUAUGGCCGUUAUACCCCUUCUCAUCCAGAUCGGUAAUCGACAAGCUGACAAGGGUUCCUCGAUUCAAGGGUCACGAAGGAUGCGGUGAGAUUGUACAGAUAGGCGAAAACGUGAAGGACUCCGGUUUCAGCGUGGGAGAUCGAAUCGCGACUAUCGCUGUCCCAGGUUGUGGAUCAGACGACUGCCCAGAGUGCUCACGGGAUCUCGCUCAGUUAUGCGAGCAAGCCCAUCACGCCGGCAUUGGUCAGGAUGGUUUCUAUGCGCCAUACGCCGCACUAGAUAUUCGAGCAGUAGUCCAUGUGCCAGAAGGGAUUCCGUCUUCCGUAGCAGCAGUGGCAACGGAUGCUGUGAAAACCAGUUAUCAUGCCAUUGUGAGACGUGCAGAGGUCAAGUCUAAUGAGACGGUCUUUUUGUUCGGCCUCGGCGGCCUUGGGUUCAAUGCGUUGCAGAUUGUUCUGCAUAUCGGGGCUAGAGUGAUCGUUUCUGAUAUUCGACAGGAACGGCUGGAGGAGGCUGCAAGGUUUGGCGUUCCUCGAGAAAACCUGGUACCGGCUGGAAAGUCAGUACAGGAUUUUGUGAGGGAGAAUGGGUUGCAUGGGAAGAUUGACACCACUUUGGAUUUUGUGGGAACACACCAGACUUUCCAGGAUGCACAGAACAUCGUUCGCAGAGGAGGUAAACUCUUGUGUGUUGGUACUCUUGAUGAUGAGAACACAAUCGACAUGAAGAUUGGUAUUCAAAAGAGGUUGAGCAUUAUCUUCACAUAUGGCGGGCAACGGAGGGAUUUGAAGGAAGUUCUCGAUUUGAUCUCGAAGGGAACAAUUCAGCCGCAGGUUGAGACUGCUAGCUUGAAGGAAUUUCCCCAGGUCUUGAAGGGUGUUUGCGACGGAAAGGUCAAAGCUCGGGUUGCGUUAUUGCAUGAGUAG